AUGUGCUUCGGGAGACGGAAUAAAGAUGAGGCCGACGCGACGCGGUCGCGCGAGCUGGACAAGAUCCUCAAGGCGGACGAGAAGAGGAUGCAGAAGGAGGUCAAAUUACUUUUGCUCGGAGCUGGAGAGUCCGGAAAGUCGACCGUCUUGAAGCAGAUGAAACUCAUCUACGCCACGGGAUUCAGCAAGAAUGAGAAGCUAGAGUGGAAGCCUGUCGUCUUCAACAACAUCGUCCAGUCGUUCCGCCUGAUAUACGAUGCCAUGACCGAAUUGAACAUCGCCUUCGAGCAGCCCGAGAGCGAGAAAUGCAUGGAGCAAGUAUUGGUGGAUCACGAGCUGAGCCCGAACGAUCAUUUCCCCACCGAAUUCCUCGAGCCGAUCAAAAACCUCUGGGCCGACGAGGGCGUGAAGAAGGCCAUCGCCAAGGGUAACGAGUACGCGUUGCAUGAUAACCUGGAAUACUUCUGCGAUGAUCUCGAACGAUUCUGGGACAAGAGUUAUGUCCCGACUGACCAGGAUCUCCUGCGGUCACGGCUACGGACGACGGGUAUAACCGAGACGGUGUUUGAUCUGGGCCAGCUCACAUAUCGCAUGUUUGAUGUUGGCGGCCAACGGUCAGAGCGGAAGAAGUGGAUACAUUGUUUCGAGAACGUCAACUGUCUGCUGUUCCUGGUUGCGAUUUCCGGCUACGACCAAUGUCUCGUGGAAGACAAGGAUGGCAACCAAAUGAACGAGGCUCUGAUGCUGUGGGAGUCAAUUGCGAACUCUCACUGGUUCCUCAAGUCGGCGCUGAUUCUGUUCCUCAACAAGAUGGAUCUCUUCAAGGAGAAGCUAGCGAAAAGUCCAAUCACACAGCACGGAUUCACGGACUACCACGGACAACCCGACGAUUGGAAGCAGGCGAGCAAGUACUUCAUGGACAAGUUCCGCGCACUCAACCGAAAUCCCGAGAAGGAAAUUUACGGCCACUUUACGAAUGCCACCGACACGAACCUCCUCAAGAUCACGAUGGGAUCUGUCCAGGACAUGAUCAUACAAAGGAAUCUGAAACAGCUGAUCCUUUGA